UAAAACAACACUCAAAAACAUCAAUGGCUUCCUGUUGUUGUAGAUCAAGCAGUUUUAAACUGGCAGUAUUCUCCAUUUUCUCUGCACUCGUUGCUUCAGCUGCCAAUAACUUGGAUCAAGAUUUCGAUAUCACCUGGGGAGGUGGCCGAGGAACCAUACUCAACAAUGGCCAGAUUCUGACUCUGUCUCUUGACAGAGCUUCAGGCUCAGGAUUUCAAUCAAAGAAUGAGUAUCUGUUUGGGAAGAUAGAUAUGCAGCUGAAGCUUGUCCCUGGAAACUCUGCUGGAACUGUCACUUCAUAUUAUUUGAAAUCUCCAGGGACUGUGUGGGAUGAGAUAGACUUUGAGUUCUUGGGAAACGUGAGUGGAGAUCCUUACACAGUUCAUACAAAUGUGUAUACCCAAGGCAAAGGUGACCGAGAGCAACAGUUUCGCUUAUGGUUUGAUCCCACUACUGAUUUUCACACUUACUCUAUUCUCUGGAAUCCUCAGCGCAUUAUCUUCUCAGCUGAUGGGACACCAUUGAGAGAGUUCAAGAACUUGGAAGGACUAGGAGUGGCAUUUCCAAAGCAGAAGCCGAUGAGGAUAUAUUCAAGCAUAUGGAACGCAGAUCAAUGGGCAACAAGGGGUGGCCUUGUGAAGACAGACUGGAAUUUAGCUCCUUUUACUGCUGCUUACAGAAACUUCAAGGCUGAGGCUUGCACUUGGGCUGCUGGGAGACCUUCUUGCUCUCCAAAUAACAAUUGGCAACACCAGCAAUUGGAUCCAAUAAGCCACCAAAGGCUCCUCUGGGUUCAGAAGAACCACAUGAUUUACAAUUAUUGCACUGAUACUAAACGUUUCCCUCAAGGCUUUCCUCCUGAAUGUUCUCACUAGUUCUCUUAAUAAUAAUAUAAUAGUUAAUUUGUGUACAAAAUUUAGCUGGCUUUUAAAAA